AUGCCACAACUAGACACUUCAACCUGGCUUAUCACGAUUAUAUCGAUAAUUAUCACCCUAUUCAUUAUAUUCCAAUUAAAAGUAUCCAAGCAUUGUUUUCCAGAUAACCCUGAGCCAAAAUUAACGACCACAUCAAAACCCACCACACCUUGAGAAGAAAAAUGAACGAAAAUCUAUUUUCCUCUUUCAUUACCCCUGUAG